GCUUUCAGAGCGCUUGAAGAUGUCCGCAGACCAUUUGGGCUCCCUCCGACGGCUCUUGGACCUCGCGGCAUCCUUGGAAGCACCGACGGCGACUGCACUGGAAGCGCCUCCCUCCGAGUCGUUGCCAGAGGUCCAGCCAUUACUCAGUGAUCAGAUUCGCCGCCCGGUGGACCUGAUUUGGAUGGUCGGUGUGGCGGAUGCCUUUUUGAGUGGCGUGGUAGGACCGGAGAUGCUGGGCGCCAUCUUCGCCGAAGCCCCCGACGCCGACGCCUACGUGGCCGCCGCGGCGCAGGCCGCGGAGUCCGCCGAGGCGGCGGCCGGCAGGGCGGCGGAGGCCGCGGCCGAGGCGGCAGAAAUCGUGCAGGCGGUAACCGGAGCACAGGAGGAGCAGUUUGCUCAAGUGGGUCUUGUGAUCCGACGCUUCGUGGAAAGCAACGACGCUUCGUGUGCUUCGUUGGACGACUUGAUUCCUCCCAGCUGCACGGGGAAAGACACAGCA